AUGGGUGAGCCGUCACUGUUCUCUACGCCUGUUUCUAUGGCACCCGCUCCCCAGCAAAAAUCGACCAAAGCAGUGCCCCUGACUUGCCAUGGACACUCUCGUCCGGUUACGCACCUGAGCUUCUCUGACGUUGUGGAGGAUGAACAAUACUACCUUAUUUCCGCCUGCAAAGACAAUAAUCCUAUGCUUCGAGAUGGAGUGACUGGCGAUUGGAUCGGCACAUUCAUCGGUCACAAAGGAGCAUGUUGGCAAGCCCGCCUCUCCUCCGACGCUACGCUCGCAGCCACUGCUUCCGCAGAUUUCUCAGCCAAAGUAUGGGACACUCACACUGGCGAAUGCCUGCACACCCUUCAACAUGCCCACAUCGUCCGCGCCGUCGCCUUCCCCUCCCAGCCCCGCCCGCAAAUCUUGGCCACUGGCGGUGUUGAAAAGAAACUCAUGGUAUACGAUCUAUCACAGUCGCGCAUUUCGCCCAACAGCAACUCUUCCUCCCCAACUAGCCCAACAUUCGGUGCGAACGGCCAUGCCUCACACCCGCCAGGUUAUGAAAUUGGCCCUGGCGUCCACAAGAGCACGAUCAGAUCGAUAAUUUGGGGCGGUGAUCUCAAUAUUCUGAUCACCGCCUGCGAAGAUAAGAACAUUCGAUGGUUCGAUGUCCGUACGCGCUCGCCCAUCGCCACAUACGCCGUUGACGGGACGAUCGGUUCUUGCGAGCUCAACCCCUCCAAGUCUACACUCUCCGUCGCGGCAGGUAAAUCCGCAUACUUCUUCUCUGGCACCUCCCCCAGCCAAUUGCUCAAACGCGCUACAUUUCCUAAGGAAGUGGCAUCAGUGGCAGUGCACGAAGGAGAGCGAAAGUUCGUGACAGGUGGAAACCAAGAUACAUGGAUGAAAGUGUGGGACUUGGACGGAGACGGGCAAGGCGAUCCUUUGGACGUGUGGAAGGGACACCAUGGACCAAUUUGGAGUCUGGGGUUCAGCCCAGAUGGCAAGCUUUGCGCGAGUGGAAGCGAGGAUGGGACGGUCAAAUUAUGGAAAUUUUGUGAAGGCGGCUACGGGCUCUGGAAGUGA